GUCCGGAAUCAACACAUCAACACCUCUCUCUGCAACCUUCAACGAGUCUAGUAAGUCUUGGUAAUGUCUGGUAUUGGAAUCACCAUCGGGGCGGGAGGCGCGGCUGCGGCUGCGGCUGCCGCCAUUGCCGCCGCAGGCGCCGUCGGCUUGGGCGCCCUAGGUGUUGCCGCACUCUCCCGCAGGCGCAGCCGAAGCCGCGGCCACAGAAACACUUACGGUGGCUACCGCAACACCUAUGGCGGCAGCCGCCACCGCAGGAGCGGCCGCAGGCGACACCGCAACAGGUAUGGCCGCAAUGUGGAGAAAGAGCCGCAGGUAGAGCUGGAAGAAGCUCUUAAUAAGAUCCGCAAGACAGACGUCACAGGCUGCGGCUUGCGGCUGGUCUGCGACUUGGCCGCAACAGAUCGACUCUCUGUUGAAGAACUUGCAAUAUUGCAAUUAAUAGGGCCAACAGUUAAACCCGGGGAAGGACUCUUGCCCCCGGGGGCAUCAGGAGAGUACAAACAAGCCAAGUGGUAUGGAGAGUCUGGGGGAGACUGUCAUGAAGCCUUCCCAGACUGUCCUUAUAAUGGCACUCAACUCAUGAACAUUGUCAUGGAUUAUCUUCCUUGAUUAAAGAGUAUGUACAUGUUUGCUUGAGGACCACUAUCCCAAAACAUAAGAUAGUGCACAACUUAUUACUACAGUGCACCACACCCAUCAUUACCACAGUGCACCAGUCCACCACACACAUCAUUUCUCUCACAGAAGUAUCCGGUAUUAGUGUAGCAAACUGUUACAUAGAUCAGUGUUAUGUGAUUCUUCAUGUACACAUCAACUCAUCCCUAAUGUAGACAAACCUGCACUUACAAACACAGGCUAUAUAAACCUGCACUUAUGAACACAAGUAACACAAACCUGCACUUAUGAAAGUGACUCAGAACUUAGAAGUGGUGGCACAGUAUCAACAUGUUUAAGUUUAUUCAGGUAUACACAAAUACAGUUACAUAGAUUAUCAUACAUAGCAGCAUGUGUGUAUAGAGAACCUGUGAUAACCCAAAAAAGUCAGACAAGAGUGACUUAUUUCCAUUGGGGAAUUUAAUCAUCCUCACUCUAUUUCUAAGCAACUUUUUUGAGUUGAUAAACUAGGAAUGAUGUUUUAGAACCUUCUGCAUUAUUAUAAUCAAAAUACAAUGCUGAGAACGUCCUGUAGUUCAUUACUGUACAGUACUACGCACAUUAUGUUCACGGGUGAGCGCUGAACUGACUGUAAUAAUAAUAAUAAUAAUAAUAAUAAUAAUAAUAAUAAUAAUAAUAAUAACAAUAAUAAUAAUAAUGAUAAUAAUAAUACAUGUACAGUAGAACCCUCAUAUCCGUGGGUCUGGUAUCCGUGGUUUCAGUUAUCCACAGUUCACUGUGGCCCAAAAAUAACACUUAAUUUUGCUUAAUAAUGGCCCCAAAGUGCAAAAGUAGAGACGGAAGUUUUUCAAAGCCUACGAGAAGCCUUGAACUGUUUCCCAUCUGUAAAAGAAUUGAUAUAUUCACCUAUUGUGCAUAAUUUAUCAAUUAAACUUUAUAACAGGUUCAUAUAAGACUUAUAUACAGGGUUUGCUACUAUCCACAGUUUCAAUAUCCGCGGCAGGUCCUUGGAACAUAUCCCCCGUGGAUACAGAGGCCCUACUGUAUUAAUACCAAAAUUAAGCACUAAUCCCACAAGGGUCUAUUAAUAACAUAGUUCCUUAAAUUAUGUUUUUCAAAAAAAUAUACAUUUGUGUUACAGAACCAACUUAGUCGUUUCCUAACACGAUUAAGCUCGUAGUUAUGCAAAGUAUUUCGAGAAGAUUAUUUUUACAAUUAAGUCAUACAGCAUUUCGAACAGAGUAAAACUAGAAUCUAAAAUUGCUAGACAAUGAAUAAUUCAAGUUAAUGUUAAACUUAGCAUCUAAAUAACCUAAAUUAUUUGUAAUCGAGAUUAUCACAUGCAAUGAUAAUUUCAUAUAUUAUUAUAAUCAUAACUGAGUGCUAAACCCAUAAGGGAUAAUUUCACAUUACAAAAUUGUUUAUUAAAACAGAAAUGAUAUGAAAGGACAGUCACACAAAACAGGAGCACACAGGUUUGAUCCAAGGAUAGAGAGGCUUGCUUUAUAUUUCUACUGUAAUAUUUCAAAGGUAUACAAAUGGUGAUAUUAAUUGUAUUAGAGGUAUUAUAAUCACAAGAAGCAAUCAAUCAGUGUUGCGAGUCCCGUGUUUAUUUUCAAACAAUAGAGGAUUUGUAUAUUUCUGUCUUAAUAAAUUUCCAAGAUUUAUUCCAUCAUGGUCUCAAUCUACCGAUGCAUUUUUUCCCGAUGUCACAUAUAUUGUAAUAAUCAAGUUAAGCACUAAACCUGAGAGGUGGGUCACACAGCUGACCUAGUUAUAAAAAGAACAUACAGAGGUAUACAUGUGUAUAUAUACCAGACAUGGUCAAUUACUAUAAUUAUUAUAAUCACAACUAUAAUUAUUCUAAUCAC